CAGUUCUGCCAGUGUUGAUUCAGUUUUCAUACGAAGAAGAAGUCGUCGCUAUUUUAUAAAUCGCCCACAAUAAGUCAGUGAAAGAAGACAGAAAAAAAAUGAGUUAUGACAAUGGAAAUGAAAAACACAAUGAAGGCUAUGUCCCGAAAAUCAAUCAAUAUGCCCAGGAAUAUAUUGAAGCGCUGCGAAAGGAGGAAGCCCGCCUACCCAAGGAAUUUCCACUUUGUGCUGAAUUAAUAAGAGAUGCCAUGGAUCGAAUCUACGCCACGGGGCGUACACCAGGCAAAGAACUGAAGGCCGAUGUGUAUCAACAGAAACCUAUCAAGCUAACACAAAAUGUCUAUUUACCCGUCAAACAAUAUCCGAAAUUUAACUUUCAAGGUAAAAUUCUGGGUCCCAAGGGAAAUACAUUGAAGCGAUUGCAUCAGGAGACACUCUGUAGCAUUGCCAUAAAGGGUCGUAAUUCAAUGCGUGAUCCAGAACGUGAGGAAGCGCUACGUCAGUCCGGUGAUCCAGCCUACAAUCAUUUGAAUAAGAAUCUUUUUGUUGAAAUAUCAACGGUGGCAUCACCAGCCGAAGCACAUGCUCGCAUGGCAUAUGCUUUGAAAGAGAUUCGUAAAUACAUAAUACCCGAUAAGAAUGAUGAUAUUUCACAGGAACAGUAUCGAGAGCUAAUGGAAAUCGAUCCGAAAUUGGUGAAAACGUCAUUUGGCGCCAAGCCUGUUGUGCCACACAAAUCGAUGUUCCAAAAACUAGCAGAACUGGGUCAAAGAGAGGAACAAGAAGAUCACCAUUCACCCUCCAGUCAUAGCUUUUCAGAGAAACAAAUAAAACGGACCGAAACAGCACCAAUUGUUCCAAGAUAUAAAAACAUACGUAAGCAACCAUAUGCCAGGAAUUCACCAUUCAAACCCAAAGCAAAUCCAUAAAAACCUAACGAUCUAUAAAACAAUAUAAUGAGACGCAAAAACCUCUAUAACAUAAGAAACUGAAAUAAAAUCACAAUUGGAAUAAAAAAAAUCUACGAUGAUAUUUAACAACAAUCGUAUACAUACCUAUAAAGCGAUAUUAAAGAAGCAGAUUAAAGUCUGCUAACAAAUAAUAAUUAAAUUUAUAAAAUCUAUAUUAUUUAAUAUAUAAAAAAUAUUUUUAAUGCAUAAGGAACAAAAAUACGUUAUAUAAAAAUAUAACCGCAAUAAAUUGCAGAACUAAAAUAUAAAAAUACUUAAAAAUGAAAA